AUGGCCACCAGCACCGCCAAAGGGCCAGUCGUUGUCCAUGAUCAAACUAACCUGCUGCCACGCACGCAGCUCCUGGUGGUGUUUGGUACUCUCGCCAUCGCGUUUCUUAUCGCUUAUGCAGAUCAGAACGGAGUGGGUGUGGCAUUACCCAUUAUCGCGCGGGAGCUGAAUGCGCGAGAUACAAUCAGCUGGGCAGGUACUUCCUCUAUGAUCGCGAAUACAGUGUUUCAGGUGCUUUACGGGCGCCUGUCUGAUAUAUUUGGCCGCAAGAAAGUGUAUCUCUCUGCGGUACUGCUGCUUGCCAUUGCGGACAUCCUCUGCGCAACUGCGCAAACUUCAUGGGCCUUCUACCUGUUUCGCGGCCUAGCAGGUAUUGCCACUGGCGGAAUCAACUCAUUAACAAUGAUGAUUGUAUCCGAUAUCGUUACUUUACAGGAACGUGGUCGAUACCAGGGCAUCCUGGGCAGUUGCAUCGGGCUUGGGAAUACGAUUGGUCCCUUCCUGUCAGCUGCAUUUGCGCAGCACUCCACUUGGCGCGGAUUCUUUUAUCUGAUCAGCCCUCUAAUGCUGGUUUGCGCUGUGGCUUCGUUCUUUUUGCUACCAUCCUCCAUGCCAAAAGGGAAUGGCCUCGCGAGAGCGAAAUUGAUCGACAUUUGGGGUUUAAUAUCUGGAUCUGUCGCAAUCAUCUGUAUAUUGAUCCCUAUUUCCGGCGGUGGGUCUUACUUUGCCUGGAACUCUAGUCUCGUUAUCGCCAUGCUUGCCGUCGGUGGCGUGGCCACGAUUGCAUUCAUCCUGGUGGAGUGGAAGGUUGCUAAGCUGCCAAUGGUACCGUUAUCCAUGUUUCGCACCCCUGCCGUGACUGUCAUUUUGGUGCAGAACCUCCUCUUCGGCUACUGUUACUAUGCCGAGCUAUAUUUUCUACCCUUGUAUUUUGAGAACGUGCGCGGGGUGACUCCACUGGUAUCUGCAGCUCUCCUCGUGCCAUUGGUGGUCGCACAGAUGAUAUUCUCUGUUGGCUCCGGGUUCUACAUCUCGCAUUACUCACGUUACGGGGAAGUGAUCUGGUUUGGUUUCAUCUGUUGGACAGUUGGAGCUAGUGUACUUUGCAACCUGAAGCAAGACACGUCUCUAGGAGUGAUCAUCGUGGCCCUGAUCAUCCUUGGUGUUGGCGUUGGCAAUGUGUUCCAACCCUGCCUAAUUGCCAUCCAAGCACACUCACCGAAGGAUCUGCGCGCUGUGAUCAUCUCCAAUCGCAACUUCUUCCGUGCACUUGGCGGUGCCGUUGGCUUGGCAUGUUCCAGCCUUGUGCUUCAGACGUCCUUUGGCAAGGCACUCCCAGACGAUCUUAGCUACCUCAGUAGGAACAGUUAUGUGUUGCCCUCGCUCAGUAACUUCUCUACAGCGGAUCAGAAUUCUAUCCGGGCCGCGUAUGCCAAGGCCAGUCGCACUGUGUUUAUCUCUAUGGCGCCUAUCAUGGGAUUCUGUCUGGUCAUCUGUGUAUUCAUUCGAGACCAGGGAUUACAGCGGAAGGAGGAGACUGCGCCCCCGCAGCCAAAGGAAGAGACUGCACCCCCGCAGCCAAUACCGAUUACAGAAGAUACCACAUCGAGUGCCGAAAAGGGUAUCCUGAAGAAUUGA